AUGGAAUCUUUGCGCCUCAAACGUCGUAAAGCAGUCGAGGAUCUGGUGGAAGAUUGGGAUAACGACGAUUUCAUGAUCGGCAAUGAUGAAGACCUCACUUUUCGAAGCCACAACUCCGCCCACACCAAUUCCAAUGCCAACUUGCAUCUCGGCCGCCGCGACAGCCAUUCUUCGUUCAGGUCCGAUCGCGAGUCCUUUGGCGGAGGCGACGAGCGACAUGUCCACUUGCCCGGAGAUGACGAGCAGUCGACGCUGGACGCCAUAGCUGCAGCUACGCAAGCCGGCAUCCCGAUACCUACCAAUGUUCCCCCCUCCGCACUGAUGGGCGGCACCAUCAAGCGUUUGGGUGGACGCAAGAUCAAGAAGAUAUUCCAGGAGGAUUGGGGAGAUGACCUCGAACUGCCUACAGCGGGCAACGCACUUCGUCUGAAGGCCCAAGAUGGAACUUUGUUUCCUGAUGUCUUGCGCCAAGUUAGUGGCUCAACGAACCUAAGCCCGGCAAAACAGUUCAUGACUACCAUCACCCAAGCGGCGCCUCCCCACGAGCUCCGACCUAAGGUAUUAGCGGCACCCGUCAACCUGGAUCGGUUCCGGGAUACAGACGAGGAUGAUGACGUCUUCGGUGAUGGUGGUGAGACUAUCAAGGCGCCCAAGCUCCGUACCCAGGGUAGUAAGCCUUUGUCCUUGAUCACACCACCCACGCCUUCACCCUUGAAGAAGAAGUCGACAAAUGGAGACGAGGACAAUUUCGAGAUGGACCUUGAGUUGCCGACAGACGGCAAGUUGAAACUUACCAGCAGGAAGGACAUCCCCAAGACUCCAUCUCUGCAUUUCGCCGAUGACUUUGACUGGGGAGAAGGCAGUCUCGGGACCCGAUUCGGUGGCACUAGGCGGGAUGCGUACUCUAAUCGCAGCUCAUCUGUUUCCGGCUUGAGCCCCAGCAUCGCCAGCUCGCUCACCGCCGAAAGCGAAGAUGAGAAUUUUGAUGGCCUGAUUUUCCCGAGUGGUCCCCUGGAUCUUGGCGAGCGGCUCGUUCGACGGAAGCAAAGUCGGUCUCCUGAGAGAUUAGACAUAGAUAUGGGAGAGUCAGGCAAGCGUACGCGCUCGGCGAAGGACAGGUCGCCUCAGCGCAUAUCAUCCAAGCCGGGCAUGACCAAGAGCGGAUCGACCGAAAGCGAUUCGUCCGUACCCAUUUCGCCAAGAAGUCGGCUCCUUCAGGGGAGUCCCACCGCCGGUUCGCCUAAGAGCAAAUCGCCUCAGCGCAGCUUGCCCAAGCAGAGGUCAUCAAAGCAUGCACCGUUGCCUGUGAAAGAUGAAGAAGAUCCAUUUUCCGGCCUCGAUUUUGGUGAUGGGAACCUAUUUCGCUCUGGCAAAUCCACAGUGCACAGCAAUAUUAAGGUCAAGGAGCGACGACAGGCCAGUCCUGUUAGACCCAAGACCGCUGUCUCUAUCACGUUCACCAACAAGCCAGUAACCGCAACAUCUUCUCGUCUUCCGCGACCAAUGGUCGGCCAUGAACGAUCACAGUCAACAUCGCUUGAGCCCGUUUCCGAGAGUGGAGGUCCCAUCCCUCAGAAGCCGUCCCGAAGGUCGCAGUCGAGACUUGGUCAUUCGGCUCAGUCAUCGACUUCUAGCGUUCAUACACCCACCACUCCCUCGGCGUUCCAGACCAGUUUACCUGCUACCCCAGGAAGGAGAGAGUUGGGCCAGAAGGCAUCGACGGGGACUUUGCGAAAUGAACCUACGACUACCAGCGCGCAACUGCUGCGAUUAAAGCGAUCGUUGCCAGUGAUGCGUCAUGGUCAAUCGCCAGCAAAGCCCCCGACUUCUCGAUUCGACCGACCUUCGUCUCGUACCGACUCUCGCGCUGAACCACAUAGACCACAGUCUGGCCUGCGACCCAAAACCCCGGUUGAUCGAUCUCGCCCGGCCAACGAGAGUAGUGCGGCUCAAGCAAGGAAAGGGUCGACGCCUUUUCUGCCCGCGGCUGUACCCCAGACGCAGUCGCAUCAUGUUCAUGCCAAGAGCUCCCGUUCGUUUAGACGUCAUGAUUCGGACCAAGGUACGGAAUUCAGGCCACUAUCACGCGCCAACAUGCGUACUACAAUGCGGUCUCCAAGUCCAAGAAGACCUCGCAACGAGAAGACGACGGCCGAGCCGGUGUGGCAACAAAUCAGUAAACCACGGCGUUCGCGGCAGUUUGGCGACGGCCACGAGCUUGAUGCAUUCGACGAUCUCCCUACGUCUGCACACACAGAAUCCAGAUACACGAAACAGCCGAUCGGGAGCGGCAACAGGACUCUCCGAAACAAAUUAUACCAAAAUGUCUUGCCCGACCGCAACACACCAAGCCCAGUGUCCCCCUACUCACCCGCCCGGGCUGAUCAUCAGCCCCAUUUCGCUCGAGACACUGCUGCGAGUCGUAUGGCCAGGGAAGCUGGUCUGGCACAACGAGCACAGCCUACGGGGCCAUUGGUUCCCCUUACUACACAGCGAGUCGCCCAGCUGUCGACCAGGACGAAUCUGACCCCUCAUAUACCACACAGUCAGCAUCAUCGAUCCAAAAAGACACGGAAGCCGCCCCAGCUGAAGCCGCACCUGAUAUCCAAUCUGAAUUCGGCCCGGGAGCCAAAAGUAAUCAAUGGGAUGACCUAUAAUCCCACGACGUUUCGAUGGGAAGGAAACGAGAAUGCUUUGAACAAAUUCGAUGUUCCUGCAUCGUCUCCUUCUACGGCGUCUGUUCACCCGUCGAUGAUGCGCGAACGGGAUACCUCGACCCCUCGGCCAGUGUUGAUCACAAACAUCAAUGCCAGCAAGAACACCAAGAGAGUUGGUGAUAUGGUCUUUGAUCCCCAGAAUAUGUGUUGGCUCAAAGUCGAUACUUCAACUCCGACAACUCUACGAGCCGAUGAUCCCAUGGAGGGAUUCAAUACCAUGGAAGAAGACGAUCCAUUCAAAGACAUACCCGACCUCGAUGACAACAAGGAGUCUACCGAAGCCGGUCAGGGUGGUCGUGCUAGUGACAUUAUCAACGAUUGGCUUGUCGGCGAGGAGUUUGACGUCGGACCGGAGUUCAUUAGACGCCAACACGAGGAGGAGGCACGCUGGCGCAAGAAGUGUGAGCAGUGGACUGGCCCAAGUCGCAGCCUAGACCACCGGCGGUGGGCGCUCAGAGACUUGAUCAUAGGCCGCUGA